AUGGGUGCUGCACGCAACGCUCGCACUGUGGAGGUGCGCGCGGGGCUCCGCGCGGGCGGCGGCGCCGCAGUUUUGCUGACGCGGCUCAGAGGCUUCGUGCAGAAUCCGCAGUGUCCCAUCAAGCUUCGGCGGCCCCGUGAGGACGCCAAGCAGUUCCGGAGCGGCGACAAGCACUCAGUGCCCUGCGAGUGCGUCGUGGAGCUGUACGAGCUGCUGUGGCGCUGGGGCCACCGCUCCGGUUCCUCGAGCUUCCUGGCGAACUUCGGGUUUGCGAUCCCAGACACGAUAGUGAUCGUGCACGGCAAGCCGUACGCCUGGUACUUCAUUAGCAAGAAGGACGGCCGCCUGCUGCGCAAGUCGGGGCAGCACCUCACCGUGUCCGCCAUCGAGAAGAAGCUCUGCCGCGACGGCCCGGAGGGCCACGUGGCCGGCGUGUGGCUGCCGGCCGCGUCCCAGUUCCCCGAGGCGCGCUGCCACGACUCCACCGCCCAGUUCCUGGGCGAAGGGGGCCUCGGCGCCCUGCUCGGCGGCCUCCGGCCGAGCCACAACGGCAUCAUCCAGUCCUUCGUGGAGCCGCCCGGGAUCUCGAACCUCUUGGCGCGCACUGUGACGUACAAGCAGCGGACGUCGCUGCAGGUGCGCACGAACAGGUCGGUGCUGAACUCCGCCGGCCGGAACAUGUUCGACCGGGCGGCCACGUUCGAAGGCUGGGAGGGGCUCUCGGCGAGCAGCAGCCACUACGUGUCCCACAAGCACCCGCACAUGGAGGAGCUCAUCCUUGCCGUGGGCGAGAGCUUCAACAAGCGUAUCGAGGAGGAGAACAUGAGGCAGAUGCUGUUCAUUGCCGACGAUCAGCACGUGGCCCUGCAUUUCAAGGUGGCCAGGGACGGCAUGCUCUUCUUCAUCUUCGGCUCCGUCGUGGCGGAGAAGGAGGUCAUACUGCAGACGCGCGAGAAGCUCAUCAUGGGCGACCGGGUCAUGACCGAGGAUCGAGCUCCCCGGCGCACGGCUCCUUCGCGGGGGCUCGCGGGCGCAGCACAUCCCGUACGAGGUCCGCCACGACAUGUCGCGGUGGUACGCUGGGCAGCGCUCGGAGGAGGGAUAGCACUUACGGGUACGACCUGA